CGCGCGCAAUACGUGAUGUUGAACGUCAACAAUCGACAGUCGCACAUACAACACACAACUGCACAGGCAGCAGCACAGCAACUGGAGCAGCAGCAACACCUGCUAGACACUGCGGGCGCAACACAUGACGGCCAGCUUUAUGGGGAGGAGGGGCAGCAGCACGACGUGGAUCUAAACUUUAGCAACUUCGCUGAGCUGUGCCGCCUGUGUGGCAUACACCAUGGACCCACCAAGUUGCAUAUCUUUGAGCCGCAGGCGGAGCAGCGCCAAUUGCUCUACAAGCUGCGCAGUCUGCUGCAGGCGAAUAUAACCAAGGACGACUAUCUGCCAAAGCACAUAUGCGAGCUGUGCCUCGACCGCUUGGAGCACUUGUACGAGUGGCGGCAGCUUUGCGUGCGCAACGAGCAUAUGCUGCGAAACUAUGCCGCCUCCAUGCAAAUGGUUCGAGCCACCAUAGACUUUCAGGACGGCACCGUUAACAUGGACAAGAUGACGGUGGCCCAGAAGAAUGCAUAUCUGGAAGCGCACAUGGCCGUCCAACAGCAGAUGGCUCAGGCGGCCAUCCAAUUCAAGCAGCAGCAACAGAGCUCCGUGCAGCAGAGCUCGCCCACGGCCAACAACAACAGCAGCCAGAACAAUGGCAGCAUGCAGCAGCAGCAACAGCAGCAGCAGCAGCAGCAACAACAGCAGCAACAACAGCAACAGCAGCAGCAACAGCAGCAGCAGCAACAACAGCAACAGCAGCAACAUUAUGCGGCCACCAUUAAAGUGCCACAGAUCAGUUCCUCCAGCUCAGGUGGCGCUGCUGGCGCCGCCGGCGACAGCACCUUUACGGUGCCCGACGACGGCAUGGGCUUCGAGGGCGGAGUGCGCGUGCUGCAGAGCCUGGGCACCUGGUCAGCGGCGGAACAGCUCACCUACAACAUACCGAAGCCGAAUCUGAUACCCUUCACUGAGCCGUACGUGGAGGGCGGCUCCAUGCAUCCGGCCAGUCGGCUCAAGGCACUGCAACAGGUGCAGCAGGCGUCCUCCGGGGUGCGCAAAACAAACCCAUCAAAAACCACCAACAAGGCGUUCGAGUGCACCGUCUGUGGCAAGGGGCUGGCGCGCAAGGACAAGCUGACCAUCCACAUGCGCAUCCACACCGGCGAGAAGCCCUAUAUUUGUGAAGUGUGCAAUAAGGCGUUCGCUCGCCGGGACAAGCUCGUCAUCCACAUGAACAAGUUCAAGCAUGUGACGCCCACAAAUAUCGCGCCGCUCGGCAAGCGGCUGAACAAUAUGGUAAAGAAGAAGGAACAACCGGAUCCGCCGCCGGAAGACAACAAGCAGAGCCUGGAGCUGCAGCUGCAGCAACAGGCUGUGCAGGUGGCCGCCCAGAAUAUCAUAGUGCAGUCGGCGCAGGGGGCGCCGACAGCGAUUCCGGGCAUCAUCAUACCACACCACCAGCAGCAAUUAUCGUGGACGUGCGAGCUAUGUGGACGCAUGUUCUCGAGCAGGGACGAGUGGUCUAUUCACGCCAAGAGUCAUCUGGAGGUGAAACGGUUAGUCGUAGAGUCCACAAAACAAGCAGCCGCCAUCGCUAAGAGCAACGGCAACAACAACAACAACAACAGCAGCAGCAGCAACAACAACAACAACAACAGCAGCAACAAUAAUCGAGGCUAUCAAAUUGAUGCGAACCGAAAUCAAAUACAUAACAACAACUCGCAAAUGGAGGCACAUGCACGUAACCAGAAGAUAAUCAUACAAAAUCAGAUGAUCCUCAAUACCAACCAACAGCAGCAGCAGCAGCAGCAGCAGCAGCAACAGCAACAUGUGGCUGGCGGCAAGAAAGCGGCCAGGAAGCACCAACAACAGCAGCAGCAACAGCAUCAACAGCAGCAGCAAGCACAGACCAGCGCGCCUAUGUACAACAAUAAUAAUAAUAAUAGCAGCAGCCAAAACAACAACAACAACAACAACAUCGGCAACAGCAUCGCCCAUCAGGGACAUGAAGUGUCAGUGCCCGUCUCGCACAUUAUUGCCAACUCCCCAACGGCGGCCACUUACAUGCAGGCCCAAUUGACUGGUCUACACGCCGGCAACACCAUCGGCGUCAAUGUUGGCGAUGCUGCCGGCAACAUGAACGUGCCCAUCGUCACCUACAACGGCAAUCAGUAUUGCGUUAUAACCCGUGCACCGGACUCCGAUGGGAUUGCCAUGCAGAAGCCGCUCGAGUAUGGCCCGGCCGCCACAGCCAACAUUAUUGUUAUGUCGCCGAUGCUGCCCCCGCAGCAGCAACAACCACAGCAGCAGCAGCAGCAGCAACAGUAAACGAGUCCCGACAUGAUUUGCUCAUUAAGCGUUGCGAAAAUGAUGCGGAAAAUUUCAUCAGGCUCGAGGCGUUGGUGGCGUUGCUUCAUUAGCCAGGCCCCUGAAUAUUGAUGUUGGAUAUCGAUUUAGAUAUUGGCAGUUAAUGGCGCCUCAUAACUGGUAUUUGGCAAUGCGAUGGGAGAAAGGUAGCCAGCCGCAUUGCUGGCCAGGUAAAUGGAUAAGAAAGUGCGCUGCCCCAGGAUCCGUCUUCAAGUUUGCAAUUAGCCUCUCAGCUCACAAGCAGCUCUAAAUACAAAUUGUAAAUAAAGUUUUUAAAAAACAACAAAAUAACUUAACAAAAAAGACACAAAAAAAAACAAAGAAAACCAAAAUGCAAUUUAAGAACUCCUAAGUAUAUGUUUAAUUCUAAGCGAUAAAAGUAAAAACCAAAAAAUAAAAAAAAAACCAUAUGCCAGCCGAGAGAAGUUUUCAACAAGUUUUUGCAUGUAAUGCUUCUUAAAUUGAAAUAAAAAUCGUUUUUAAAUGAUUAGUUUCAGAAAUCCAUUAAAAGAAAAUAAAGAAAUAAAUAUACCAAUACACAUAAGAAUAAUAUGAAUGUGCAGAAUAUAAACCCAAAUGCAAACACCAUUAACUAUGUAGUCUAAGCCAUCUUACAUAUCCAUUGAGAAUCGAAAAACCACAGUAAUACCCACAUAGAGCAGCCAUUCAACUGAGAUAUUUUGUUCGUACUUUAAAUAUUCCUUCGUAUUUCUUAAAUAUUUCUUCAAUGCAUCUUGAGUUUUAUAAAAAUAAAAUAAACGAAAGAAACAAAAAAUCGAUGUGCAUGAAAUUAUAUGUAAAAUAGUAUGCGUUUAAAUCAAUUGUUUAUAAUUAUGCUAACAGCAAUACAAUAUUUGUGUCUAAAAAAAAGAAAGGCAAAAAGCAAAACAAGAAAAACAUACAGAAAAUACCUACGUCAUAAUGUAAGUAGUUCAGUAGUGUUCUCCAAUGAUACUCACAUUCGAAAAUACUACAGCAACAAUGUGAAAAAUGAUUGAAAAUAUAUUAAAUACAAUAAAGUCUAACAACAUUUUAA